AAUUGUAACAAGAGUUUAGUUUAAACAAGGUGUGAAGGUGUUCCCCAUUCUUUUGUUCUGAAUCUCUGGGAUUUGACAUACCUCAGUGCCUGUGUGAGCAGAUACCCAAGUUAUUAUACCUCAUCCGGGAAGGUCACCACUGCAGAGAGAUUCCUGCCUAAAUGAAUUGCCAAAAUGCUUUGGAAUUCUUAAACGAUUCAAAAACUGAAGUCUCUGAGGAUACAAAAUCAUAAGAACGCAAGAAGCAGCAAGGAGGAUUCAGUGCCAAUGCAGCAACAAAAAAGACAGCCAGAGUUAGUGGAAGGAAAUCUUCCUGUUUUUGUUUUUCCUACAGAACUUAUAUUUUAUGCAGAUGACCAGUCAACACACAAGCAGGUGUUGACUCUAUAUAACCCCUAUGAGUUUGCCUUAAAAUUCAAAGUUCUUUGUACAACUCCAAAUAAAUAUGCGGUGGUUGAUGCUACUGGUGCGGUGAAGCCUCAGUGCUGUGUUGAUAUUGUGAUUCGUCACAGAGAUGUUCGGGCUUCUUACUAUGGUGUGAUAGAUAAAUUCCGUCUACAAGUGUCUGAGCAGAGCCAGAGGAAAGCAUUAGGGAAAAAGGAGAUUAUUGCUACUCUACUUCCAUCUGCAAAGGAACAGCAACAACAAAAGGAAGAGGAGGAAAAACGAAUAAAAGAACACCUGGCUGAAAGUGUCUUUUUUGAGCAGACUUUGUGUCAACCAGAAAACAGAACUGCCUCGUCGGGACCUAGUUUACUAACAGUCUUCCUAGGAAUAGUGUGUAUUGCAGCACUAAUGCUACCUACAUUGGGGGAAAUGGAAUCCCUGGUGCCUCUCUACCUCCAUUUAAGUGUGAAUCAAAAGUUAGUAGCUGCUUAUGUUUUAGAUUUGAAGAACAGUCACACUAAACUCAAUUCUCCUGUCCCACUACCUGGCAGAAAUGAGGAUUUAAAGGAAACGAGCUAGGCAGCUUCAAACUGAUAGCUAGAGGUCUCAUCACCAUGGUUAUUUUGAGAACAUGAACAAUGAGUUAAUAGGAUGUCAAACACCUUACUGUAUAUUCACAUCAUGAAUGUGGACUGCCUUUUACUCCCGUUUGGCUCAUUAAGACGCUAGCAAAACUGUUCAGUGAUUUAAGAUACCUUCAGAAGUGUAAUAUAUUUUAACUAUGUAUAAUAAAUGAAAGACUCAAAGCACUUUUCGGUGCUUCUGUAACAGACAGCUAUGAAAUGUUCGGUGAUACCUGUGAAAAUAAUUUGAAAAACUUUUAUAUCUACGCCUACUGUAAAAAAUCCUUAUUAAAGCAACUUUUGUUAUUUUUAGUCUAUGUUCA